AUGGAUGGAAAACAUGUGGCUAUAACUGCACCAAUGGGAAGUGGUUCAGAGUAUUAUAAUUAUAAAAAACAUCACAGUAUGGUUUUAAUGGCUAUAGUUGAUGCACAAUAUCAGUUUAUUUUGUGUGACUUUGGAACUAAUGGUAGAGUUUCGGAUGGAGGGGUAUUACAAAACACAAAAUUCUUUCAAAUGUUACAAAAUAAUGAGCUUAACAUUCCAGCUGAAGAACUUGUCACAAAUAGUUCAAGACAUUUACCUUACGUUUUUGUUGCUGAUGACGCAUUUCCGUUAAGAUCGGACAUAAUGAAACCAUUCAGACAAGCCGAUUUGACGUCUUCUGAGAAAAAAAUAUACAACUAUCGUGUAUCACGAGCAAGGAGAAUCGUAGAGAACGCUUUCGGAAUUUUGGCAACGAGAUUUAGAAUUUUUCACACAGACAUUAAUUUAAAUCCAAAAAAAAUUGAGUAA